AUGACGAAAGUGCUGAAAAAAAUCGGAGGAGCAACAUAUAGCAUAGAUGCAGAAGAAGGAAUAGCAUACGUUUCAGGGAAAGUAGACCCUCAAAAACUGUUGAGGAGGCUGGUGAAUGCGGGGAAAGAAGCUGAACUCUGCUGGGUCAAGACUGGAGGAGAUCAGUAUACUUAUGGCAAUGGUUAUUAUGAAGAUCCUAGACAUACUUCAUAUAAGGGAUCAGAUCCUUACUAUUGGGAUAUUGCUCACAAUCAACAUGGAAACUAUUCCUACAAUCCUUCUAUGGCCCAUUACUAUCCUCAUCAUGGCUCUUACUCUUAUCCACACCACAAUUACCACUAUUGA